UUUUGAUAAUUGAAUAAACGCUUGAUAUUGAUGAGCUUCUCUAUGUAUAUUAAAAUUCGAAGGUAUCUUAAAUAAGUCGCCAAAUCAGUUUUCCUUCAAAACACUUUGUAACAAAUCAUAACGCUCAUUCAAAUUUGACUUACAUACUCACUUAUGUAUAUACCUACUUAUUUUAAACAUUCAUACGUACCCUGUUAUUUGCCUUGAUAUUUAUCCUCUCGCACAGAAAUAAAUUUUUCAUCCUCCUCCUCUCUGAAAACGCUUGAAAAUUUGUAUAAUUUUAGAAAAAAUUUGACAGCUUUUCGUUUGAUUGUUUUCAACGAGUAAACGCUGGUGAUGAUGUUGUCAAGCUGGUAGAAUCUUAAGUGGACAAUAUGUAGUGAACUUUGAUUGUCAAAGAACAAUGACAACUGUUCAUAGCUACAGUCAUUCAAAAAUCUCCGAUCCUCUGCGACAUGUACAAAAUGACAAGUUCAAAGAAGCAAGAAGGCCAAAAAAUGUGGUUUUCUAUCCAAAUGGAAAGCCGAACUUUAAGCCGCAACAAAUGCGGAUUACGCCGCAUAAAUACAAUUCCUUCAAUGAUCUCUUAAAGGAUUUAACAAAAACUGUGAAAUUGCCAUUUGGAGUUCGGCGAGUGUUUACACCUGUUGGGGGAACAGAAAUCGAUGAUUUGGACGAUUUGGAAGACGGAAAUACCUAUUUGUGCGCCUCAUUCGAGAGGUUUAAACCAGCGUCCUAUGGAAAACAAAAUCAAAAACGGCCAGAAUGGGGUCUAGUUGGCGGCCGAGUUCAGAAUGCUGAGGUUCUAUACACUAAUUUGGGCUACACACCUUCAACUCUUCAGAAUACGGGGAGUCAAAGGGGGGCUGGGUUCAGACAGUACUAUUACAGAAACGAAAAGGGCACAAUACGGCACAAGCAGCCUGUGCCCCCCAACAACAACAAAAAUGAGUCAUCGGUACUACUUGCUCCCCCAGUCAAAAGAACGCUUCAAAAGGGCACUUUUGGUGUAUCAUCACGUGACCGCUAUGCCGGUUCAAUGGGUCAUUUGGGAUCCCGCCCACCCCCUGCAGAUCCGAAGCCAACAGGGUACGCGAAAAAGUUCAGAAUCGUGUACGAUAAUGAUCCAGCAAAAGGCUACGAUUUCUUGUUCAAUGAGCAAACCUCAGAUACGUUUGAAAAAAUAAUGCAAUACGUCAGCGAAACACUGAAACAGAACCUGAGCAAGUUUUUCACCCUAAGAAACCGAGAAGUCAAAUCUCUACGAGAGCUGUAUAGAUGUUCAGAGGAUGUUUUAAUUGCGACAGCAAAUGAACAAAUUACAGAAGCGACUCUAAAAGCAGUUCGCGAGGCCAUAUACAGCUUCAAAAACGCGUCAUCAUCAACGAGUAAAAAUGACUCCGGUUUCGGGGAAGGAGGCGACUCGGACCUGGACCGAACUCCGAGACUGAAACCAAGUGCUGCCGCGGGGAGCGAAGGGAGGCGUAGUCAAAAUGUUCUCCAUGAAGCUCAAAGAGCCAAAGUGAAAAACACUAUCUCUCCGUCACGGAAGCCCAAAAAAGUGUCAAUGGCAACCACAACUUCAGAAGGCGAUGAGUCAUUGGAGCAACAGCCCCCCACCCAACAGCUCUCCCAGGUGCAUCAGAGGAAGAGAGAGAGGGAGAGCAAAGAGAAGGAACUACAGACGCAGAGACAAAUCGAAAAGGACCAGGAGAUGUCUCGGAAGAAAAAGCAGCAGGCGCGACUCGACAACGAGAACCGACGACGACUCAAACGACUGCAGUCGGAAAAACCCAAGAUGACGACACUCGCCUCGUCUUCGGAUCAGCACCCUAAUAAGGAGAACCGGAAACCUCCUGCCGGGAGUAAGACCAACUCCGGACCGUCCCAGGGAGAGAUCAUGAUUGCAGAAAACGCAGAGAAGGAGCGCAGAAAGGCGGAGCAGUUGGGUCGUGUGAACGGGAGUGAGUUUGACAACAGUCGAUUGAAUUCUCUGGAGACUGCCGCGAUGGUGAAGCACGACAAAACAGACGACGAAAAGCUAAGGGAACAGGCCGAGAAGGCGGAGCAGAAACGGCGCCGCCUGCUGGAGGAGAAAGAGCGGCAGAGGACGCAGGAGGAAGAGGAGAGGAAGGAGAGGGAGAAGGGGCUGAGGGGAUUGCACGAGGCGGAACAGAGCCCCAUACGCAGAACCCCCGCAAAACAGGCGGAGAAGAACGUCCAGUUUGAGGAAGCUAAUUUCAUCAAAAAGAAGAAAGUGAAAGCCGAAGGUCCAAAAAUGCUGUCAUUCGAAUCCGAAGAAAAAAUUCUGAAAGACGCCCAGGAAAGUGAAAAGGAGAGAGCUAUGAAAGAAAGGGAGAGAAAUCAACAAAAUAUCAUUGAACUGGAAGCGGCUGAAAAGAAACAAAAAGACAACGACGAAAAAGACAACGACGAAAUCCAAUUGGCCGCCGAAGCAGCGGCGAAACAACAAAACCGAAAGGCUGCCGACAAAGUAAAGCAAGAUCAGUUAGUAUUUGAAGAAGCCGAAACUCAACGAAAGAAAGCCGAGAAUGACAAAAAGAAAGCCGAAGAUGCUCGGAAAGCCGAGGAAGAGGAGAAAGCGCGUCUAGCCGAAGAAGCCCAAAUUGCUGAAGAUGCUCGAAGAGCCGAAGAAGCUCGCAAAGCCGAACAGGCUCGCAAAGCCGAAGAAGAAAGGCGGAAAGCCGAAGAAGAGGAAAAGGCUCGAUUAGCCGAAGAAGCGGCCCGGAAGAAAGCCGAGGAAGAAGAAGGAGCUGAAAAAGCCCGAAAAGCUGCUGCACUCGAAGAGGCGGCUCGGCUAAGAAAAGCAGAAGAGGAAAGACAGGAAAAGGAAGCAGAGGAAAAGGCGCGGAAAGAACGAGAGGCGGAGGCCGAGGCGGAGAGGUUAAAGAAGGAAGAAGAAGAGAAGGAGGCUGCCGAGAAGAAGAAGCGAGAGGAGGAGGAGGAAGCCGAGCGAAAACGACUCGCUGACGAGAAGGCAAAGAAGGAACGUGAGGCGGCCGAAGAAAAACGAAAACAGGAUGAGGCUGCCAAGAAAGCGGCAGCAGAGAAGGAAAAGGAAAAGGAGAAGAGCAGGCCAAAGGGACUCAUUUUGCCCAUCUACGAGGAGGAGGAGAUUGAACGCAAAUAUGAGCUGAAGAAGAAAAUGGGAGACGGGAACUUUGCCAAUGUGUUCCAGGCACUCCUCAAACAGGGAUCCCCUCCCCCAGGGGCCCCUGAAACCAUGAAGGAGUACGCAGUCAAGCAAAUCGACAAGAGCAAAGUCGUCGGUUCUCGUAGAAAUACAUCAAGCAAAGUGCAGAUGUUGAAAAAUGAGAUAGACAUCAUGAAGGCGUGUGACCACCCGAACAUAGCUAAACUGUACGAAGCAUACGAGACGGAAAAACACGUCUACCUCAUCAUGGAGUUCGUCAAGGGGGGAGACUUGUUCGACGCCAUAUCCGAGAACAUCAAGUUUGACGAGCCUCAGUCCAGUCUCAUCAUUCGCCACUUAGCCGAAGCGUUAGAUUACCUACACUCUCGAAAGAUUGUUCAUCGGGACAUUAAGCCAGAGAAUCUCUUGGUGGACAAGGACGAAAAAGGCAAAAUAGUCCAGGUCAAGUUGGGAGACUUCGGGCUUGCGAUGCACGUGAAGGAAAAGAUAUACUCCGUCUGUGGGACUCCAACUUAUGUGGCACCUGAAAUUUUGGCUGAAACUGGUUAUGGUCUGGAGGUGGACAAUUGGGCUACAGGUGUGAUCUCUUACAUUCUGUUGUGUGGCUUCCCGCCCUUCCGCAGCAUAGAGCGCAACCAGGACGAGCUGUUCGACACCAUCCAGCGGGGGGAGUUCGAGUACAUAUCCCCCUAUUGGGACAACAUAUCCGACACCGCCAAAGACUUAAUAGACCAGCUGUUGGUUGUCGAAACGCGCAAGAGAAUGAAGUCUCCAGCCGUCCUCAAGCACAAGUUCAUCACAACACACAAGACAUGAGUCGAACCCACACUUCUAUCUCUCUAUCUCAUUUUACGGACUUACUUAACUCAACAGUGGACCAUGACUCAUCUAUGGACCAUCUAUGGACUUCUAUGGCUCUAUCUGAAUGAUCGAACCAGAAAGUUUUUAUUCAACUGGAUUAUUCUGUCAAUCUCGAUGUCUAAAUAUUCGAAUGUAGCAUGUUACUUUCCCGCAAAUGAAUGUUUGUAACCCGACAAACCCCAACUAGUACAUUAAACUAACUCAAAGAGUAGAAACUAAUUGAUCCGCGUGAUUAAAUUACAUACUUAAUUGUGAUUUGAAAAUAAACGAAAUGUCAGGCAUUUUGAAACCAGGCUUGGUUUCGAGUUGCGAUUUAUUUAUUGCCCUCUUCAUCUAGAUCAAAAUUGACUCGUCUUGCCGACGGAAAAUUUGCUGUUAGCAUAUCAAUUUUAUUGAAAGUUUCUAUUUUUACAGAAUUUCAAUUUAAAUGUUCUAAUUUUA